CUCGGGCAGCUCGGAGCCGGCGAAGGCCCCCGGUCUGCGGGCGGCGCUGACGUGUCGGUGGGAGCGGCGGCGGCCCCGGCAGCACCAUGUCCAAGGUCACCUUUAAAGUGACGCUCACCUCGGACCCCCGGCUGCCUUACAAAGUGUUAAGCGUGCCUGAGAGCACACCUUUCACAGCUGUCCUCAAGUUUGCUGCAGAAGAAUUCAAAGUUCCUGCAGCAACAAGUGCCAUUAUAACAAAUGAUGGUAUAGGAAUAAACCCUGCACAGACAGCAGGAAAUGUGUUUCUAAAGCAUGGUUCAGAUCUACGGCUCAUUCCCAGAGAUCGUGUUGGGAGCUCAUAACAUCUCCUGAAAGCUGAGGAAUAGGUGACAUUGCUGUGCAGCAGAGGUCUAUUUAUUUUGGAACUCCAAAAUGCAACUGAUGAAUUGGACUUUUUUAAAGCAAGCAGAAAUUACUUCCCAGGAUUUGAUUUUUUUUCUUUGUAAAUGGAGAUAAGGGUUCAUUUUCCUCUAAAAACGCAGUAACUCAUGCACUGAUUCUUUCCUGACUAGUAGAACAGGCUGAUUGCAUGUUAUGUUGCUGUAAGAAAGACAGACUUCUCUACAGGUGUUAUUGACACCACAAGAGUAAACACAGCCACCAUCAAUAGAUACUUAAAAUACUGGAUAUUGUUGAGCCUACAUCAUGAAAGGGAAAAUUUUUUAUGAUGUUGCUACAAAGAAAUUAUUCCUACUAUGUGCUAAAAGUUGGGGUUUUUCCUGUAUUUUUUUUCCUAAAGUUAUUUCCAUGUGAAGGGGAACAGCUUUCACCUGGCUCAAGUAUUGAUCUCAAGUAGAGGGGAAAUUUCAGGAGUUUAUUACUCAAAUAAAUAAACAGCCAAAUGUUCCAAAGUAAUUCUAAGAUUUAAUUGCUGCAAGUAUUUGAGAUCAAGGAGAAUGCAGAGAUUUUUGUGCUUUAAGACUUCAUUUUGACGUACUGUGAAGUUAAAUUAAACUCGGUUUCAGAGAAUUUGUGAGACCUAGUCUCCUCACAUGAAGUGCCAUCAGCUGGGAAGGAUUGAAGUGUAAUUGGGAAUGUGUAGACUGGUCAAAUAUGUCAUUCCUUUUUCAGUAAACUAAUGCUGGUUCUUUCCAGAAAUCUUGGUUUUGUUGCUGCCUGUUACAUGGAAAACAGCAUAGAAUUCACUGAAAUAUUUUGUUCAGAUUAGAAAUUGCCUUGUGUACACUAUAAGUUGUGUAUUUUAAGUAGAGAAGUUGCUGCUUUUCUUAAAGUAAUUGUCUAUGCUGUGAUUUAAUGUAUUUGGCAAAUUUUUACCAUAUUGCAUUUUUUUUUCUGUCUUCUACUGAGUUGAACAGAAAGAACAAUGGGUAUUGCAGUGCUUGGUUAAAUGGGUAUUCUCACAAAUACAACUGUCCUGUGCAAUCAUUGUGCUUUAGAAAGAUGUUCAGAUAAUGUGUCAGAUAAUGCAGAAGUACAAAAUGCCCUUCUGAGUGGGUGUAAGAUGAGGAAAUAAAGAAACUCUCCAGAAAUCAAUAUUUGCCUAUAAACAGCUUCCAAAUUUAAGAUAAACUGUAAAAUCCUGUAUUUUUCUUUACUUUAAUAAACAAUUAAAUGAAAAAGUGCAAA